AUGUCUACCCACGCUACUGUUCAGGUUUCCGGCAUCUCGCCUGCAACCUCUGAGAAAGAUGUUCGCGACUUCUUCAGCUUCUGUGGCAAGAUCGUGACUCUAUCCAUCACUCCGGUCUCGUCUGAGGCCAACUCUCUCAAGUCCGCCAGUGUGACCUUUGAGAAGGAGGCCGCCGCCAAAACCGCCCUCCUCCUCGACCAAACCCAAUUGGGCGGCUCCCCCGUCCACGUCGAAGCAACCUCCAACAUCGCCGACCUCGCCGGACCCCAAGCCACCGGCGCAAACGAGAAGACCGACAACGAGCACGAAAUCGCACAAGAGGACAAGCCCCGCUCGCGCAUUCUGGCCGAGUACCUCGCACACGGCUACGUUGUCAGCGACGGCGCCAUUCAAAAGGCCAUCUCCCUGGACCAAAAGCACGGCUUCUCUACCCGCUUCACGAGCGCCCUGUCCAACUUCGACACCAAGUUCAACGCCACCGGCCGCGCGAAGGAUAUCGACGAGAACUACAAGAUCUCCGAUAAGGCGGCCACGGGCUGGCGCGGUCUGAACCACUACUUCGAGAAGGCCCUCGAGCACCCGCACGGCCAAAAGCUGCGCGACUUCUAUGUUCAGACCGAUAAGCAGGUCCGUGAUAUCCACAACGAGGCUCGUCGUCUCGCUGAUCUGAAGCUGGGCAAGGGUGGUGCUGAGGGUGAAGCUACUACUGCUACUGCUUCUACCGACACCCCUGUUGCCGCUCCUGCGGCGCCUGCUGAGGCUGCUGCCGUUGCGCCCGCUGUUGUUCCUGCUUCUGAGCCUGCUGGCACGGCUCCCCUUGCUGAACCCAAGGCUUAG